AUGUAUCUCUCUCGCAACGCAGUAGUCAGGAAGCCAGCUAUUCCUCUUCCUCAGGUCAACGUCUACCCUCACCGUUCACUGUCAAUUGUCUCGGCCCGACUUUAUCCUGGGAAGAGUGAAGGUGCUAUCCGCGAGUCUGCUACAGCAUUUUCGAGAAAGGAGAAGGCCGCUGAAGAUCAGUGGGCCCGUCAAAGAGAUGCCGAGAAACUAAAACAUCUACGUGAAGCACUUGAAAAGCACGAAAAGUCUCUUAAAGAUACACAUGAAGCACUCAAGGACAUUAAAGAGAAUAUUGACAAUUUGUCAGAGAAGAUCAAAGAUGACUGA